AGCUCUGAGAUCAAGCCAGUAGCGCCUGUGGACGGUUCGCCUUUCCAUUUCGCGAAAUCGCCAUGGUGAAGGUGGACUGUGACUUGGGGGUGGAGACCAUUGCCACCAAGCCCAUUGAGGGCCAGAAGCCAGGGACCAGCGGACUGCGAAAGAAGACCAAGGAGUUCAUGGAGGGCACGUAUCUUGCCAACUUCGUGCAGAGUGUCUUCAACACCCUCGGGGAGGAGGGUGUCCCGCUGGCCGGCGGCACCUUGGUGGUUUCCGGCGAUGGCCGAUUUUGGAACCCCGAGGCCAUCCAGAUCAUCAUCAAGAUGGCCUUUGCUGCCGGCGUGGGGCGCGUGUGGUGCGGCACGGGGGGACUGCUGUCCACCCCGGCCACCAGCGCGGUGAUCCGCGCCCGCGGGAAAGGCAUGGAGCCCUUCGGAGGAUUCAUUUGCUCCGCCAGCCACAACCCCGGAGGCAUCAACGACGACUUCGGCAUCAAGUACAACUGCGAGAACGGCGGCCCUGCCCCAGAGAAGGUCACCAACAAGAUGUUGGAGUGGACCGCCAAGAUCACGGAGUUGAAGACCUGCAG